AUGGGCUCCACAGGCAAAGACAUGAAGGCGGAAGCCGUCUUCCCUGGUAACACUCCCAUGUUGAUGAAAUUCCCGAGCAGAAGGAGCGUCGUCCACAGCACAAAGGGCAUGGUCGCAUGUACACAACCUUUGGCCGCAGAGGCGGGGCAAAGGAUCUUAAAGAUGGGAGGGAAUGCCGCGGAUGCUGCGGUCGCAGUUGCCGCUGCGUUAAACAUGACUGAGCCCACCUCGACCGGUAUCGGCGGAGAUAUGUUCUGUCUCUUCUUCGAUGCGAAGACAAAGAAGGUCCAUGCUCUCAAUGGCUCGGGACGCAGCGCAAAGAAUACUACUCUCGAGCAAGUAAAGAAAGAGUUGGGCAUGGCCCCGUCACAGAUUGGCAAGAUUCCCGUCCUCAGUGCACUGUCCGUCACGGUUCCCGGCGCACCUGGAGGAUGGGUCGAUACAAUUGAGAAAUUUGGGAGCGGAAAGUUGAGCUUGGAGCAGAUCCUGAUGCCGGCAAUUGAACUGGGAGAAAGCGGGUUUCCGGUCAGCGAGCUUUCUGCAAUGUGGUGGCAUGAAGGUGAAAAAGACCUCAGGCACGCCUCGCCCAAUUUCCGCGAAAUGCUCAAAAGAGACAAGCACUCCGAAGAUUUUGUCCGGGCACCUCGGGCUGGUGAGAUCAUGAGAAAUCCAAACUUGGCAAAGACCUUUAGGGCAUUGGCAGCAGAGGGGAAGAAGGGAUUUUACAGUGGAAGGAUCGCUCAGGCUAUCGUUGACGUCCUGAAGCUUCGAGGUGGGCAUAUGGAACUGUCGGACCUUGAAGACCAUAUGAACCGAGGCGCCCAGGAGACAGAGCCUAUUUCGUUGAGAUUCAACGCCCAGAACGUCAAGAAGAUGGGAGCCCAAAGAGUGACGAAUGGGUCGCCAGAUGACCACUUUGUCGAACUGUGGGAGCAUCCGCCGAACGGGCAGGGCAUAGUUGCCCUCAUGGCUCUCGGCAUCUUGGAAGAGCUUGAGCGGACGAGGCAAAUCCCAACGUUUGCCCAGGAGGAUCACAACAGUGCCACACACCUCCAUGCCGUGAUCGAGGCACUUCGGAUAGCAUUUGCUGACGCGAACUGGUGGGUAACGGAUCCAGACUUCAUGCCGGUCAAGCCUGCAGACAUGAUCUCCCGACCUUAUCUGGCGGAACGGGCGAAGCUUUUCAACAAGGACAAGGCUGGUAUGUACAGCAAAGGACAGCCGGGACCGAGUCCAGCUCAGAAUCAUAGCGACACGGUAUACUUCGCCGUUGCUGACAAGGAGGGCAAUGGCAUGAGCUUCAUCAACUCUAACUACGAAGGGUUCGGAUCUUCCAUUAUCCCUCAGGGCUGCGGAUUUACGCUCCAAAACCGAGGGUCGAAUUUCGAGCUGGGACCGCCAGAUCAUCCCAAUAUCUACCGGGGGGCGAAGAGACCUUACCACACGAUUAUCCCGGGGAUGAUUACCCAUGGGGAAGAAGGGGAGCGAGAACUGCACUCGGUAUAUGGGGUAAUGGGCGGUUUCAUGCAGCCGCAGGGUCACCUUCAAGUGCUGCUCAACAUGGAAGUCUUUGGGAUGAACCCGCAGCAAGCCUUGGACGCCCCAAGAAUAUGCAUUGGUGCGGGAAUGCCCAAAGAAGGCGAUCUGCAUGCUGGGACUGUGUAUGUGGAAGAAGGGAUCGAGGAGGCCGUGAUCAAGGCGCUAAAGCAGAUGGGCCAUGAUGUUGAGGUUCUGCGUGGAUUCAGCCGAGCAAGAUUUGGGCGAGGACAGAUUAUUCGGAGACACGUUGAUGAAGAGACUGGCCUGGUGGUAUACAGUGGUGGAAGUGACAUGCGAGGCGAUGGGUGUGCUUUGCCAGGAUAA